AUGUAUGAUAUAAACGUGCCGUGGCCCAGUUCAAGCUACGCCCUGGAGCCGUCGCCAGCUGAGCUCACCAACUUCUAUAACACCAUCGCAAUGCUCCAUUCUUUUGGGUACAAUUACCUCGCAAUCAACUUUAUUGUGGACGAGGCGGUCAAGCUUCCUGUGAACAGCCCCAGCAAGCUCAACCCGGUGCCAAUGGCCGAGCUCCGAAAACGGUUUGGGGCGUUCUCCAAGCUCCGGUUGUUUUCCCGAAUCACGCUCGUGGUGUCCGAUCCGGCCAAAGCUCAGAGCAUUCUGAAAAUCAACAACACCGGCGCAUUUGACAUUGUUGCAGUCCAGCCGACCACGGAGAAGGCGCUCCAGCUCACGGUGACUAAUCUCGAUAUCGACCUUCUUUCGUUGCCCAUGGCAUCGAGAUUGCCGUUUUUCUUGAAGCACAAAACCGUGGGUCUGGCGUUGGCCAAAGGCGUCAAGUUCGAGAUCUGCUACAGUGGCCUAAUAGCUGGCCCGGCCGGCUACGAGUCUUCCACGGCACUCGGUGCGUCGGGCCAUAUCAGCCGCAAAAACUUCUUUUCCAAUUGCCUCCAACUAAUCCGUGCCUCGAGAUGCCGAGGCCUAGUCUUUUCCAGCGGAGCCACGGAGCCUUUGCAUGUGCGCAACUAUGCGGAUGUGCUAGCCAUUAUGAACUCCUUGGGCCUCAAGGUAUCCAACAGCAAGGAGGGGUUCCUGGCCCAUCCCGAGUCUGUUCUCGUAAAGGGACGUCUCCGCAUCAAGUCCCACAAACAGACGGUGAUAGUUGGCGACGAAGCAGGCACCGAUUCCAGAGCAGGCGCGCUCUUUGGGGGCGAGGAUUCCAAGAACGGUGUUCUAGAUGAUUACAAGAAGAAAAAGGGCGCAGGAAAGAGAAGUUUGGAACACCAGGCCGACAGGGCGAAGCGUGUGAAGACGAUGUCGGUUUGA